UUCACUCGCACUCGCAACAUCAAUGACAAACGGGCCCGAUAAUUCAUGCAUCUAAUCAGAGUGCAUUGAUUCCGUUCUAAACAUGCCGGUGGUGGAUCUAAAAGUGGAUCGGAGCCUGAGAAUCGGAGGAAAGAGCAAUGAUUAGCAGCGUCGCUGCCUGCAAGCGCAUCCACAGCAUCGAGGUCGAGCAACUACAGGACUCUGAGGAGGUGCAGCAUAGUUUUCUGCUGAUCAAGGGCCGGCUGCAGCCCAAGUGCGCCGCGGCCAAGCAGCUAAAGGCGACCCUCGAGUUGUGCGACGAGCAGUCGCAGUCGCAGUCGGCGUCGCAGUUGCAGUUGCAACCGCAGUCUCAGUCGCUGGAACAGCUGACUCAAUUAUCCAGCGCCGGAGAGUUCAAGCUCCUCUUUGACUUGCACGUUCAACAGGACAAGGAGGAGAAGAAGGAGGAGGUGCCGGCAGUGACGUCGAGAGCCUGCCGCCUGCAGCUGCGCUCUUGCAGCGGCUCAAGGCUGAUACGAUUCACCUACAAGCCACGCAGCAGCCACUACCGAGUGCAGCCGCUGUACAUAGUGAGCCAGGACGAAAAGGAGGAGGACGCUAGUGCUUCACGCUGCUCACUCAUCGAUCUCAAUCUGCGACUCGUGCAGUGCAUAUACGCGCAUAAGUUGCACGCCGCAGGCUUUGCCAAUCGCACAUUUACGCUCAACGGACCCUGCCGACGCUUCUGCAGCCAACUGACCACCGAAGAGACGCUUGCCAAGAGCGAGGACGAGCUGUGGCAGCACUUUGCUGGCGAAAUACUCGCCUGUGAGCAGUGGGGCCAGCAGCUGCACUUGAAGUUCGUUGCAUUUGUGGCCUGCACGCGGUACGACGGCGCAGCAGUAGCGGCCAGCGGGGAUCAUUCCUACGCGAACAUCCGACGUCACCUGCGCGGCCACGCCGCAUUGGGAGGCGGCGGAUUGGCAUUGUUUGGCAGCGCACACUUCUACGCGUGGCCGCGCACCUUCACGGAGAUCGGCGACUGUGUGCGCAGCGCGGAGCGUGUGGAUGUUGCACGGCUGCCGGACGAGAGCAACUAUCGACGCACCUACGGCGGCGUCUAUGCCAGCACUCUGGGCGCCGUCUGUCACGAGCUGGGCCACUGCUUUGAUCUCGGCCACACGCUGGACGGUGUAAUGGGCCACGGGUUUGACUAUCUCAAUCGCGUACUCACCGUUGACCAGGCCACCGAGCAUUUGCCGCAGCGCAUCGUCGAUCAGUCGUCCUCAGCAGCAGCAGCAGCAGCAGCAGCAGCAGGAGCAGGAGCAGCCGCAACAGCCGCCGAGCCACUGAAACAAACGCAGCGGAAGACCGCUGAGGAACAGAAUGUGGAGGACAGCUGGGAGUGCUGGGACGACACUGGCGAUGGAUCGGAUGGACAGGGAGAUGCCGCGGCAAACACGGGACCGGGACUCGUGGACAUAGCACUGGGCAACGGCGAUGUGUCCCGCCUGAACGCUCGCAUCGCAGAGCUGGAGCAGCACAAUGGACAGCUGAACGCCUCGCUGGAGGAGCUGGACGCUCAGCAUGAGGUGGCCAUGCAGGAUGUGCUGGUGCGCAAGAAGCAGCUGCAGCUGCAGGUGGAAGAGCUGCGGCAGCUGCAGGCGGAUCGCAUGGUCGAGCACGAAAUGGCCAUUGCGCGGCAGCAGAAGCAGCUGGAGGAGCGCAGCAGGGCGGAGAGCUCGCUGGCUGCGGCCAGGGAGGAGCUGCAGCAGCAGCUGGAGCAGCAGGCGCUGGAGCUGAAGCGCGGUGUGCUGGAGCUGGCCGAGAUGCAGGAGCUGCUGGAGAAGCGUGGCGCGGACAACAACGAGCUGAUCGAUCGCGUUCGCCUGGCCGAGGCGGAGCGGGAGAAGCUGCUCAAGGAGCUCGAUGAGCUCAAGCUGGCCAAGGAGAAGAAAACCUCCGAGUCGUCCUCGAACAGCUCCUCCACCUCCACGAAGCACAGCGAGGAUGAGUUCAUUGUGGUGCGACAGGCAGAUGCCGCUUCCGGCUGUGGCUCUGGCUCCGGCUCCGAUCCCGACCCCGAUUCGGAUCCCACGCCGCCGUCCAAGGAGAAGCUGCGCGACAGGCUCGUCCAGCUGGAGUCGCGCAUCGCGGAGCUCAGUCUGGCCAAUGGCCAGCUGCAGGAUGCUCAGCUGGAGAAGGAGCUCUCCGCCAGCCUGCUGAGCGACCAGCUCGCCGAGCUGGAGUCCCGCCUCCGCAUCAGCGAGGCCGAGAAGGAGCAGCUGCAGCUGGACGUGCAGUUCAAGCUGCAGCAGCUCACCAUGCAGAAUCAGGUGCUGAAGCUGAACGCUGAGGCCGAGCAGGAGACGCAUUCGCACGACUUUGAGCAGCAGCUGGAUGCCCUGCGCGCCGACAAUCGGCGUCUGCGGCAGGAGCUGGACGCCAGCAUAGCCCAGGCCAAGUUCCGGCAGGCCAUUGCCGAGGAGAAGCAGGAGAUAACCGACCUGGACGAUGCCGAGGAUGAUCUGGAGAAGCUCCGCUCUCUGCUGCAGGCCCAGAUCGAGGAUCGCCUCGCCACAGCCGCACCGCAGCACGGCCUGGAGCGAGCCUAUCGUGUCCUGAGUGAGCGCUGGCAGCGCCUCGACGCCGCCGAGCAGCGGCUGGGCGAGCUGCAGGAACAGAAGCGGAUCAGCGAGCACGAAAAGAAGACCCUGGAGGCAGACAUCUCGCAGUACAUUCUGCAGUGUGACGAGCUGAUGAAGAACAACGAGCUGCUGCUCAACGAACUGGACAAGUUCAAGCGCAACAAGCUGGAGACCAUCGAGGAGCACCACGAGGAGACCAUCGUGCAGCUGGAGGGUCAGCUGGAGGAGGCCAGACAGCGCCUUGAGAUGGCGCACGAAGCGCAGCAGCGGCUUCAAUCGCAGCUGGAUGCGGUGCAGAACGACAGGAAGGAGCUCAAAGAGUGCCAGAGCAGGCUGGCCCAGAAGGACUCACUGCUGGAGGAGGCACGGCAGCAGGUCGAGGAGCUCCAGUCCCAGCUGGCAACGCUUCAAGAUCAGCUUCAGGCCAGGGAUGACCAGUUGGAGCAGCUCCAGGAGCAGAUGCAGGCCAGGGACGAGCAGCUAAGCACAAUCCAGCAGCUGGGAGAGCGGGAGAAUGAGCAGAUCAUCGAUCUGGAGAGGCUCAAAGAACAGCUCCAGGCCAAGGACGAGCAGCUGGCGCAGCUGGAGCAGCAGGCCACGGAUCUUGAGCAGCUGAAAGAACAGCUGAGCAGCCUGCGGCUGAGCGCGGAUCAGUGGAAGAGUCAGCUACAGCAGAGCAACGACAGCCACGCCAAGGAGAAGGGCGACCUGAUCCAGGCGCUUCAGCAGAAGCAUGCGGAGAACACUCAGUACUAUGGAGAGAUCCAGCGGCUGCAGCCCUUCGAGCAGCAGGUCGGUGGGCUCGUUCGCGAGCGCGAGAAGCUCGAGGAGCAGUUGCGGCGUGUGCAGGAGCUCAGGGAGAAGUCCGACAUGCGCGUUGCGAGCCUGCUGGCGGAGCAGAGCAGUCAGGCGCAGGCGUCCCAGGAGGCACUGGAGCAGCAGGCGAGCAUUCAGCGCGACUUGGAGCGGCUUCGUGCCCAUCUGCUCGAGGUGGAGGAGCUGCACACCCAGGAGACGGUGGAGUUGCAGCGCGAACUGGACGAGUCGCGCACCAAGCAGUCGGUCCUGCAGCAUGAAGUAUCCAAGUCCAGUACAGCCUACACAUCAGCGAGCAUUCGGGCGAACCAACAGGCGGAGACGCUGCAGGCACAGCAUGCCCUGCUGCAGCAGCAACGUGACGACUUGCUGGCCAAACUGGGGCAGUGCGAGGAUCGUGAGAUGAAGCAGCAGGCGGCACUGACCAAUCUGCAGUGUGCCCUGGAGCAGUUUCAGAAUGACAAGGAGCACGACAUUGAGAUGGCCACGCAGCGCAUCCGUCGCGAGAUGCAGGCUCACGUGGACAGGCAGGAUCAGCUGCAGGCGGAGAUGGAGGCCAUGCAGCAGCAGUUGGCGGAGGCCAAUCAGGGAUUGCGGGCGGCGGCGCGCCUCUCCGAUCAGCUGGAGGCGGGACAGCAGACGAUCGCCGUGCUCCGGGAUGAAGUGGAGAGCCUGAAGGAGGCGAACGAUCAGCUGGAGCAGAGGCUCAACAGCAGCGAGAGCAGCCAGACGGACAAGAUCGACAAGAGCCUGAUCAAGAGCCUGCUGAUAGGGUAUGUGGUGAGCGGUCAUGCAGGGGACAAGCAGCAGGUGCUGCGUCUGAUAUCCUCCGUGCUGGACUUCACCGCCCAGGAGUCCGACAAGGUGGGCCUAAAUAAGCAGCAAAGCAGCUGGCUGGGAGCCAUACUUGGCGGAGGACCAGCCUCGGGCAGCUCAGCCCCUGGUCGCGGGAAUGAGAAUCUGGUGCAGGCAUUCGUGCAGUUCCUCGAGCAGGAGUCACAGCCAGAGACAGCGACGCAAAUGAGACCGAACCUUCUCAGCAUGACUGGCCAGGUGGAUGCGACGACGGCGACGACGACGACGACGACACCGCCACCGCCGCACCCACAGACUGGGCAAGGGCAGGGGCAUGCUGCCUCAGCAGCGUCCGCGGGCCAAGACCAUGGAUCAGCGCCGCCACCAUCUCCGCCUGCAACCGGCCCUGCACACUCGCUGUCCAUGAGCUCCAAUGAGUUUGCACCCUCACGCAACUCCAGUUCGAUAUUGAAGGAUAUUCUCAGCGACUCCUGAUUCCUGUAGAAGGCCAAACCAAAUGGCUCGACCCUCCUACUCCACUUCGCCUCUGUUUUUGAAUAAUUUUAAAACGUAUAAUCGUGUAAUCGUGGUUUUGUGAAUUUAGUCUUUGAGAUUUAACCCUGCAGAAGAAAAGAAAACGCAGAAAACCGCCAAAGAAAACAGACAAUAUUCAACAUUUUGCUCGACCUCAAUCCCAUCCCCUCAACUCUGCACCAUCUGCACUUCCUUGAGGAAUUGUUGCCGAAAAAGAUGAAAUUUCAUCAUCUCGAAUGUCGCGACUACUAAAAAUACCAUCUUGAGACUUGUUAGGCAUAUUGUUGAUCAAGACCACAAACACUUUUGGAUAUCAAAUCAAUGAGGAAUCCUAAUAACUUAAAAAAUAACCUUGAGAUUUGAAUUACAUAUUCAAGUAGAAGAAUAAAUGGCAAUAUCUGGAACUUCAAUCUUUUGAAACAAAAUUGUAAAUGAUAAAUUGAAAGAAUGAAGUGAAGGAGGAAAAAGAAAGAUUGAAAAUGAUCAGAUAACAAAAAAGAUGGCAUUGAGGUCGAGCAAAAUGUUGAAUAUUUUCUGUUUUCUUUGGCGGUUUGCUUUGUUUUCUUUUCUUCUGCAUAUUUAAAAUGAAUGCGUGAAAUCUGUAACCCAACCAAACGAACAUGUAUCCAUGUUUAUAGCGACACACAUACAUACACAUAUGUAUCUCCGUAUAUGUGACAUAUAUAUAGAAAAAUAUAUACUUAUAGUUACAUCAGUCCUUCCCCCCUAUUGUGCAAUGUCUGUGUAGAUGUGCAGCAUGAGAAACUUGUAAAUAUGUAAUAACCAACAUGAAUAUGCCCUGGCAGCAUGCCAUGGACAAGCCUUCGCAGGGGCCUUGCUCACCAGUAGCCUAGCCGCCAAUCAAUAAACGAAUCAACAACAAACAA